AUGGCGCUCGACGACCCCGUCGGGACGAUCGCCGACGAGUGGAGCGUUCGAGAGCGCAAGGAGACGAGAGAUUGCUUCAAAACGCCCGAGGGGAGGUACAACUUGGGGAAGACGUGGCGAACGAAACCUGCGUCGCGUCGUUCGACGGAGCCGGCGAGCGCGCGGGCGAUGGAGGCGGAGUACGACGCGAGGUGUAAGCGACGAUGCGUCUACGCGGAGAGCGGCGAGAACGCGUACGUGUUGGUGAACUCGGGGGAUUGCGUCCGGGUGUUGGAUUACGACGCGGCGACGGCGUGCAAGGCGGUGGCGAAGAUUGGGUUUCACAGCGGUUGCGUGACGGCGAUCGCGUGGCGGGAGAAGGGAGAGAGCGAUCGUUAUGAUUUGUUAGUCGGGCUGUCGAACGGGGAGGUGUGGGCGAUCGAUCUAGGAAGGAACGUCGCGGACAAGGGACGGUGGGUGACGGCGGCGACGCGGUGGAACGUCGAGGGCGAAGGGGUGAAUAAAUCGAGGUGUAACGCGGUGAUUUGGCGUCCGAGGAGCGAUGAAGAUAUUUUGGAGCCGUUUGAUUGCGUGUCGUUGCACGCAGACGGGAGCAUGUACACGUACAACUCGUCGCGGGAUGGGAACAAGGCGAGUUUUGCGCCAGUGGUGGAUAUGAACAUCCUGAGCGUGGUCGCCUCGGACGCCCAGGGAUCGAACCCGAUGACGCGUUGGCACUUCGGCCGUUCGUCGUUGAACGCCGCAUCGUUUUCACCGGAUUCGUGCCUUCUGACUGUCGUGAACGGUGCCGGUAUGUGUCGUGUGUUGGAUGUAUCGCGCGACAGACCGAACAUCGUUGCCGGAUUCAAAUCGUAUUACGCGGGAUUCAACGCGGUAGCUUGGAGUCCGUGCGGUAGAUACGUCCUAGCAGCCGGUGAGAGCGACAUGAUAGAGAUAUGGGGAAUGUACGAGCGCGAAGUUCUCGCGUGGGGGGUGCAAGGGCAUCGCAGCUGGGUCACGGACAUCGCCGUCGACGAACUCGCCACGGCGGAUGAUAACAAUAUUUUGCGAUUCGCCACGGUCGGCGAGGACUGCCGCGUCGUCCUUUGGGAUUGGCGCGUUCCUGUAGACGACGUAUUCACCGAGGACGACGAUGCGCUCGAGGAUCGGGUCGACCGACUCUCAAUAGGCUCGUCGUCGCGGAGCCACUCACGCGGCCCGUCGUUCGUCGGCCCGGACGCCAACGUUGUUCAAGCCGCUCGACGCAACGAGGUCGAGCGGCUGGUACCAAUCAUGACCCACAAACUCCACACGUCUCCAGUCACCUCCGUGCUCUUCACCACCGAGGCCGCGCUCACUGCAACCGUCGACAGCGUCAAACUCUGGCUGCGUCCGUCGCAGCGCUCGCGAUACGCGCGUACAAUCACCGACGACAGUGUGAGCGAUUACUGCGUCUAA